AUGGAAGCAGACCCUACAACUCCUCCUCCAAAUCCGUUGGCGCCAUUCACCAAGUUGGGACCCUCAGUAUACAUCCAAGACCCAACAGACACAACUACGCAAGAUGGUCGGCCGGUCAUCUUCAUCGCCUUCUGGAUGAACGCCCCGCCCCGCGCGCUCGCCAAGUAUGUCGUUGAAUACAGACGCAUGGCACCCUCAGCACGAGUUAUUUUCAUUCGCAGCUCCUCGAAUGACUUCUUCUUCCGUUCCACGGCGAGCGCGCAACAGGCCCGAGUUGCGCCUGCGGUGGCAGCCCUCCGCGCCUCGGUGACCCCUGAGACUCCCGUGUUUAUGCACCUCUUCUCGAAUGGCGGUCUCUUCGGCACUACCCAUUUGCUCAAAGCAUACCACCAGGCGACGGGGAAUCCCUUACCGAUCUCUUCAAUGAUCAUCGAUAGUGCUCCGGGCACUGCGAGCACCUCUGCCGCAAUGAAGGCCUUUUCUUACGCACUGCCCAAGCUGUGGAUCUUCCGCUUGAUUGGCAAGAGUGCUCUAUGGAUCACGCUCGUCCUGAUCAAGAUCUUUCUGAAAAUCACACGGUCUCCAGAUGCGGUCAGCCUUGCCCGCAAGGCGAUCAAUGAUACAAGCCUCGUGCAAGCUGCCAAUGCUAAGGGGGUCCUCACCCGUUGUUAUAUCUACUCCGAUGCAGAUGAUCUAGUUGCUUGGCGUGAUGUGGAGAAGCAUGCAUCUGAGUCGGAAACAUCAGGCUGGGUGGUGCGUCGUGAGAAAUUCCAAGGAACGCCGCAUGUUGGCCAUAUGAGAGCGCAACCGGAGCGGUACUGGUCCAUUGUCAAGGAGUAUUUGGAACCGGCUGAAGCCGCAUCGUAA